AUGUUUAAUGUCUAUGAUCAGAACGAUCAUUCAUGUAAAAGAACACAAAAAAAAAAAAAAAUAAAAUAUCAAAAGAAUACUUGGUUUUUCCUAUUUUUUUUUUCAAUAAGUGUAAUACUUUAUUUUAGCUCAGGUUCUUUCGUAGUCUUUGCUAAAAAUGUUAACAAAAACGACGUAACUAAUGGCUUAAUUAAUAAUAAUAACAAACAUAUUAGUGAUAACAAAAAUGUAGGAGAUAGUAAAAAGAGAAAAAAAAAAAGGGAAGAUGAACUAAUUACAGUGAAUACCUCUCCUACGAAUAGUAAUAUCAGUUAUGAUUCCAACAGCAAUAUCAAUAGUAAUACCAGUAGCAAUACCAAUAGCAAUACCAAUGGCAAUACCAAUAGUAAUACCAGUAGCAAUACCAAUAGCAAUACCAAUGGCAAUACCAAUAGCAAUACCAAUAGCAAUAUCAACAGCAAUAUCAAUAGCAAUACCAAUGGUAACAUUAACGAAGAAAUUCGAAGAGACCUACUUAUGGAUACAUUUAACAUAAAAAAGUUUGAAGAUGAUGCAUAUAAACUGAAUUUUCUAGAAGGUGGUUUAAUGGAUAGUGCAAACGUUAUAAAAAAUAGUAGUUUUAUUUUUGAUGCUGUAAAGUAUUUAUUUAAGGGUAUUAAAGAAGGUCAUUUAAAACCCCCCGACUUAAAGGAUACUCCUGGCUUAAGAAGUGAGAUGGAUAAUAAUGCUGGUGAAAUAAAAAGGUUAAUCAUUAUUAAAAUAAUUAAGUGUGCAGCAGUUUUAAUGUUAUUGUAUAUUAUCGUUCGUCUAAUUUUUUCAUUUUUUAAAAAACUAUUUAAUUUAAUAUUUGUUUUCCUUUUUAAAACUAUAAAAUUUUGCUGUUGUGGGGGGAAAUAG